UCAAAAUUGAACGCUAUGCUUGCUUACACCGCGAUGCUAGCUAGCGUCUCAUGUUUACUUUAUAAAAUUUAUUAAUUGUCUGAUAAUACGCUGUAAUUGUAACUAAAAUCUUUUUCAGUGACUUAAUACUAGUGAUUGAAAAUGUUGGUGUUGUUUGAAACCCCGGCGGGGUACGCAAUUUUCAAGUUGUUGGACGAGUCAAAGCUGUCUCAGAUUGAUGAUUUGUACCAAGAAUUCAACUCUCCAGAAGGUGCAUCAUCUGUUGUCAAACUAAAGAACUUUGUCAAGUUUGAAGACACCACUGAAGCAUUGGCAGCGACUACUGCUGCCAUUGAAGGCAAAAUCUCCAAGCCCUUGAAGAAAGCACUUAAGAAAUAUGUUAGUAAAGAAAUCCAGGACCAGUUGUUAGUUGGAGAUGCUAAACUGGGAAGCGCUAUUAGAGAGAAGUUUGACCUACAGUGUGUGUCCAAUAGUAAUGUGCAGGAGUUGCUCAGAUGCAUUCGUUCUCAAAUGGACAGCCUCCUAUCAGGCCUUCCAAAGAAAGAGAUGACUGCCAUGGCUCUCGGUCUCGCUCAUUCCCUUUCUCGAUACAAGCUGAAGUUUUCACCUGAUAAAAUUGACACAAUGAUUGUCCAAGCGCAGUGUCUAUUGGAUGAUUUAGACAAAGAAUUGAAUAACUACAUCAUGAGGUGUAGAGAGUGGUACGGCUGGCAUUUCCCAGAAUUGGGAAAAAUUAUAACAGAUAACACUCUAUUUGUUAAAAUUGUAAAACUAAUUGGAACUAGGGACAAUGCAUCAAAGACAGAUUUAUCUGAUAUAUUGCCUGAGGACUUGGAAGAGAAAGUAAAAGAGGCUGCAGAAAUAUCAAUGGGCACGGAGAUAUCUGAUGAUGAUAUUAUGAACAUACAGAAUUUAUGUGAUGAAAUAAUUUCAAUCACAGAUUAUAGGGCUCACUUGACAGAUUACUUGAAAGCGAGGAUGAUGGCCAUGGCACCGAAUCUUACUGUUUUGAUUGGAGAACACAUUGGCGCGAGAUUGAUAGCGCAUGCGGGUUCACUAAUGAAUUUAGCCAAACAUCCUGCAUCAACUGUCCAAAUAUUCGGUGCUGAGAAGGCUUUGUUCCGUGCUCUGAAGACGAAGAAAGAUACGCCGAAGUAUGGUUUGAUCUAUCAUGCUCAGUUAGUAGGUCAAUGUAGUACGAAGAAUAAGGGAAAAAUGUCCCGAAUGUUGGCGGCUAAGGCAGCUUUAGCUACGAGAGUGGAUGCGUUUGGAGAGGAUGUGUCGUUCGAGUUGGGGGCAGAGCACAAAGUGAAGCUUGAGCAGCGGCUGCGGCUGCUGGAGGAGGGCAACCUGCGGAGGAUCAGCGGCACCGGGAAGGCCAAGGCCAAAUUUGAGAAAUAUCACAGUAAAAGCGAGGUGUUCCAGUACCCGGCGGCGGGCGACAGCACGCUGGGGCUCAAGCGCGCGCACUCGCCGGCCGAGGACGCGCCCGCCAAGAAGAUCAAGCUGGAGGAUGCUGACGAUCAUGUCUCACCCAAAAAGAAGAUAAAGUUGGAGAAUAACGUGAAACAAGAAUCGGAAGAGGACAACAAUAUAGAAGAGCCCGUUUCUGAGAAGAAGAAGAAAAAGAAGAAGAAACAUUCAGAAGCUGACCAGUCCGCCAACGACACGGUACCACUUGCAGAAACGCCCAAUAGUGAGAAGAAGAAAAAGAAACAGCAAGAAGAAGCUGUGGAGCAACCAGAAGCAGAGGAACCUAAAAGUGAAAAGAAGAAGAAGAAGAAAAGACAGUCCCAAGUUGAGGAAGAGUAAUUUUUAUUCUAGGAUUUCACUUGUAAAAAUGUCAUCAUAAUGUUGAUUGUUGUGAUCAUUUUUAUCAAAUACCGUAAUACGGGCUAAUAGCUAUGAGUGUACCCAUCGUUUUCUUUGCAUAAUUCAUUAGUUAUCAGGAAAAUCAAAAUCUAAAUUGUCAGAUUCUCCAGUCGAGUGUGUGAGAGCUCAAACAAUCCUGAAUAGUUGUCCUAUUAUCCUUGGAGAUAGUUUUUACCUAUAGAUACAAAUAUUAUUUUCAAUAUUAAAUAACGUUUUCCCAGAAUU